UCGCUGUCACUGCCAGUCAGUGAUCUCAGGUUUCGGCUAUGUUAUCAAAGCAGAUUAUGAAGCAGCCUUCUGCUGGGACAGGCUCCUCUGGUCGUCUCCAUGGCAAAACACAAGAUCUUUCUGUUUUAUAUGAUACACCUUCUUCCCCUUGAGCUCGCAUUGUCCUUUGACCAAGUGCCUGCAGCUGUGGAAAAUAGCUCGGACAACGCCUCAUACCAGGCCAUUAGACUUAGGAAUGAUGGAGCUUCCAUUCAGGCUCACAAAGUCGCACAGGCAGCAAGUUCUUUGCCUGAGGCUGAAAACCCGCUGCGAAGAUUACUGCAGUCUCAUGGGUGGCAGGGAGGCUCCCACCACAAGGCGAAGCGAAAGCUGCUGCAGUCGGCCAGCCCACUCCCAUACUCCCCGCUGAACGUGGUUCACAACGGCAAGACCUGCAUCCUCUUCAGGGCUAAGAGGCUGGCCAUCAGGUACAAGAAUCUCACCUUUGUGGACCUCACCGAGAGGCUCUUUGGCCCCAGCGCGCCUGUGGACACCCGCGGCUCCAUCUGUGGCAAGGACAAAGCCACGCUUUCGUUAAAGUUUGGGGAUGUGGAGGAUCUAAGGGGGCUUGCAAUCAGGCUGCAGAUGUCCAACACUUUUUAUGAGUCAGCAGGCCAGAACUGGUUCACCCUAGACAGCGUUCAUAUCCAGUACAACUGGUCCCAGGAGGCCACCUUCAACGCCACCGAGGUGUAUGCGCCGGCCACCUACUCCUACCACUGUCAACACGUCAGCAGUCUGCAGAAGUACGACACCCUGCUGGUGCCCAGCUCCCAUGCCGACACUGCUGCUAACUGGCACAUCACCUUCACAGACUUCCAGAUCCAGGCCUUCAACGUACAGUCCAACCGGUUUGCCUCGGCAAGCGACUGCGCCACAUUCUUCACACCGGCCAUUCUGAUGGGCCUGAUCACCUCCUUCAUCCUGCUACUGGUGCUGGCCUACGCCGUGCACAUGGUGAUGCAUCUGAAGCACAUCGACCGCUAUGAGGAGCACAAGGCCACCGUCUACUUCCCCCGCAGCCCCGAGGCCGAGUGCCCGGACAAGAACAGCCUUUAGGAGGCAGUGGUGGUUUGGGCCCACCCCCACCGUGGCAGACAGAUGGGCUGAUCCAUAGAUCUCUUGGCUUGGCCCUCCUUGGCCACCCAAAGUGGACACCACAGGCAGAAAAAGGAAUAUUGCUCUCCAGAGCUGACUUUGCAACUUCGGUGGUUGAGCUGCGGCCGCUUUGUGGCCAAGCAGUGGUUGUCCAUGCUGGGCGGGACUCCAUUUGGACCCAACAGCUCAGCAUCAUCCAAUGGAUUUGGAGACAAGUCAUCAUUGGAGGAUACCGAUUCGAUUAUUACCGCGAAUUGACUGCGUACGUGGAGAUAAUUAGGCAUUCCGACAGGGCAAUGGAGACGGAGGAGAUAUUGUCAAGUGAAUUUCAAAUUAACAUCAUCACUCAAAUGUCUCUCCAAUAUUUGUACUGUGUAUUGUGUUUUUUUUUUACAUUUAAAGGAAAACUGGCAGAAAUUGGUCACAGGCAUUAUUUUAAUCCUUCUAUAAUAUCAUGAAAUAUAUGAUGUAGAUACUUGGGUCUUUAUUUUUAACACCCAUUGGGACAUGCAUUAUCUUCAGGUGUAAUAGUACUGCAGAUGGCAAGUGUUUACUUGUUUUAAAAUAAUUUAUAAAAAUUAUACUAUAUCAGGAUUACGGUUUUGUGAACUAUUAUUUUGUUUGUUUUUGAGUGUUCUCUGACUAGCUAAGCCGUUAACAGCGUUUUUUAAUGCCAGCAUUAUGCAGAGGAGAGCAUCUCUUCACAUAUACAGUACAGGUCAGUGUCAUUUGACUAACAUACUCGAGAAUACCGUAACUGCAGUAACAACAUGGAGUUAUUGUUUCAUCAUAACAUACAGCAUGCCAGUGACUAGGAAACCAUCUGCAUACAAUACUCUGAUGGUUAGUAUUGUGCAAUGUAUAUUGGUCAUUAUCAUAACAUGCAGAUUGAAGGAAACUGUUUUUUCAUUGCCCAAUUGAUGUAACUGGUACAAUAAACAAUUGUCAGGUAGA